AUGUUCAAUACUCAAUUUAUUUAUGUUAAUGAAUUACAGGGCAGGUGUAACCGAGAGAAACCGCCGUGCAAAUAUUUCCAUCCAAGGCAGCAUCUCAAGGACCAGCUGUUGAUAAAUGGUCGUAACCACUUUUCCCUAAAGAAUGCAUUAAUGCAGCAAAUGACUAUGGCUGCUAGUCAACAGAUAGUACCGGGGCAACUUCCUACAGCAGUGGUGAGUUCAUUAAACUUGUAUAUUACUUACGUCCUAAACGCAUAA